AUGACUUGGGAGGGAACUCUUCGCCUCCCAAGCAACCAGCAGCUCUUCCUCAGGCUAGGAGACAACGCGAUAUGCGGAUAUGAAUUAAUCUCCACUUGUGAGUACUCACCAGAAAAAAGGAAACUCAAUCCAAGGCAUCAAAUCCACACUAUUACAAUAGUGAGGGUCCCUAUUUUCCUCGUUACCUGUCUCGAUACCCAUCGUUGGACCUUUGCUGCUGGUGCAUCUAGCCAGGCGAAUGAUAGCUUGAAUGCUACUAUGACAAGUCAUUACCCUAAGUCUCGAUGCUAUUCUCAGACGGCUUCUGGAGAUUUUCGGUUUGGCUGUGCUAUUGGUAAGAAAAAUCUCGGUGAAAGAUACAUUCAAGAAGCUGCAACAAAAAGACUUUUAUCUCCUGGCUUUCACACAAAUAAAUACGUAAACAGAAGAAAAAAAAAUAGCAAAACGACGAUAUGUAAAAGCGAAGUUUCCUGA